AUGGACGAUCCAUGGCGCUCACCAUGGACUGCGACCGACGUCGACCCCGACAAAGACCACAAGCUUCCCUCUCCCUCUCUCUCCAAAUCCGACCUCGCUCCUCCACCGCGCGCGCUUCUCUCGGGCACCAGCUCUCCACGACUCUCGGCGGCAGUCGAAUCUUCGCCAUGGGGCGAUGACGGGGAUGGCCUCGGGGACUGGGCCGGCGCUUCGACACCGGCGGCCGAUACCUCGUCGGUUCAUUCGGGAUGGGGCGGUGGGUGGGCAACGAGUCCGAAUCUUGCGGCCGUUCGACGAGACGAUGAUUCUGGCAGGUUAAGCCCAAUCGCGUGGCCUGGUAACAUUGCGACGCCAAAACCAGCAAACGGCUCCGCCUUUCGACAACCCUCGCCCGAUCCCUGGGCAACCGAGUCUUCGUUCGACAAACCGCCAGCGGAAAUCGACGCACCCCAAGUAAUCGUCGAUCUUGCCUCUCCUCGAGCGACGCACUUCGAGACGCUGAAAGCCACAACCGGUUUGGGGGCGAUUGGCCUGGAUGCUGGAUGGGAUAGUGCCUCGGUGGAAGAGAACAGAGAAGGAUCAACCGAGGUCACGGAUCCCCAGAAUCAUGAAGAAAAGCGAGCAGAGGAUCCGGCACAGCUUCCGCGGCACAAUGGCGAGUUUCGCUCGUACACUCCGUCGAACGAAGGGACAGAUCACGACGAUGAUCAUCAAGACUCGCCCAUAACGUCCAUCGACGAGGACCACAGAGGCCGUCAACGAGAACCGGCCCGGCCUGCUGGUAAGGUCCAGGAGCUGGUCGUCAAGUUCGAUGGUCUUGCCAAGGCUAAGAGCCAGGAGAGCUUGCGUGUCCCUCGGUCGAAGAGCAGCGGCAGUGGCAGUGUGGGCAAACGGGAUGCCUCGAGUGACAAUGGUGAUUUUGGUGACUUCGAGGAUACAGAGGACGUCAAAUCACAGCCACCCCCAGAUCCCGUGAAACAACCGGUGGCACCUCAGAGUUCGGAAGACGCGGAACGACCUGUCACACCUCCCUCAUCGCAAGACGUAAAGUCACCACUCACUCCUCCUUCAUCAAAGUCAAAAUGUGAAGACGAAACUCCCACAAAGCGAUCUCCCCAGGUAAAGUCCAGUGCCGUUGCUUCCCCCGAAGUUCCUAUCAGACCGAAAAUCGUCCGUCCGACCUUUGAAGUCAAUUUGGACCAAGUUGGUGAACUUUUCAAGUCGAUGAAAGUUCCUGUUAAACUGCCCAUCAUCAGUAUUGAUGGUGAGAUUCCGGAGCGUGUCAUCACCGACAGCUUCAACGAGAUAUCUGAACGAAAGCUGUGGUACCGUUUGUCUCGGUUGGGAUCGGCGAGGAGACACGAUGCUGCAGAUGAAGACAGCUAUAGACGGAUCACUUGGCCGACGUCCACAGUUCGUCAAGAAGUCAUUACAAUCGUCCGCCGGUGGAUGGAGGAAGACUCCAUUGCUGGCCGAGUGGCUCUUGGCGGAGGCAUAUCCAAGACUCAGAAGAAUAUGUUCGGCUGGGAUUCCUCUGCCGAGCCUGUUGGUCUGGAUGCUGUCUUUGGCAAGCGAAAACAGGAAUCUAGGGCAGCUCCACCGCAGCCGAUCCAGAUCUCAGAUUCCCUGGCGUCUUUUCUUGAACCACCAACUCCUUCGACGUCUAGAUCAGCCCACAGUGUCGCAUCACCCCCACCAGCUGUACAAAGCCCGCCGGUUGCUUCCUUCGGGUGGAGUGAGAGCCCUGCAUUUGCUCCCACGCCAACUGCAACCCUUGCACCACCCCCACGACCAUCAACAGGCGGGAACGCGCCCUCAGCCUUACCGUCAACAGCAGGUCAUUCACGUACCGCCUCGCAGCCGGCAGUGUUCUGUGCUCCAACAGCAUUUUCACCUGCGCCAAUAGCCGAAGCAAACCAUGACGAUGGAGAAGACGAUGAUGAAGACUGGGGUGAAAUGGUCUCUUCACCAGUUGAGUCAAAGCCCGCUGGAUCCCAGAGCUUGGAUUAUGCCUUUGCGGCCCCAAUUGCUCCUACUACCUCAGCAUCUACACUGUCAGACCCUGAAGCGGCUGGUGAAACUAGACCUUCUGCGAGCGACCCAUGGUCAACAAUGGACUUUUCGAUGUUUGACGCUCCAGCUCCGGCUUUGUCUCAGUCCAAAGCGCCAGCCGCUCUACCGACGCCUUCAGAUACACCUCUCGCCUUCUCGCCCAUAGUUGUGACAUUUCCGCUGUCUCUUUCAGAAACGCCCACACCGUCACCAACAUUCACGCCACCAACACAAACUUCACCACCUCCACCAAGGGGACUUCUCAGCGCACGACCUUUUACACCAUCAGUGCCAUCGCGGCUGUCAGAGCACAUGUCCGUGCCACCAGAUCCUGUUCCCCCCAUCCAGGAUCCCAUCCACGAUCUGACUACGAGUGACGAUAAGGUGGCUAAACAGAUCAUCGCAAACCUCCCCGACCUGUCAUACAUGUUGCGAUGA